ACAAAUCUGGGAGAACUGAACAGGCCCACACACAGCAUCUCCGGCCAAGGCAGUCUUAGCCUUUACAUUUACUAUGUGAUUCAUCUCCAGGGUAGUAACAGCGGACGCAAGGCACCUCGACGACGGCGCCGUGUUGAUGACAUCACUUCCGAGCGCCAGUCCCGUCCUUUCUGGUCUUUGUUUAUUGUGUUUUUUUCUGCGUUCAGAGCGACGCCUGGUAGGGCAGUAACAGCAGACGUUGCCUACGGGAGGGUGGCACCGUACUGAUGACGUCACUUCCGAGCGCCAGUUUCACACUUUCUUGUGCCCGAGAAAGGGCGGUCGACUGUCUUUGCAAGGGAAAGGAAUUAUCUGUUGAGUCAAUAUGCUAAUAUUGAAUACGACAGCAGGACUUUUUUCCAAACCCUCAAAAAGAAAAAUUUAUGAAUUUUUAAGAAGUUUUAAUUUUCAUCCUGGAAAACAAUUUCUUCAUAGACUAGUAUUGGGAAUUGAAACCAGUUGUGAUGAUACAGCAGCUGCUGUGGUGGAUGAAACUGGAAAUGUAUUGGGAGAAGCAAUACAUUCCCAAACAGAAGUUCACUUAAAAACAGGUGGGAUUGUUCCUCCAGUAGCUCAACAGCUUCACAGAGAAAAUAUUCAACGAAUAGUGCAAGAAGCUCUCUCUGCCAGUAAAGUCUGUCCAAGUGAACUCUCAGCAAUUGCAACUACCAUAAAACCAGGACUUGCUUUAAGCUUGGGAGUGGGGUUAUCAUUUAGCUUACAGCUGGUAAACCAGUUGAAAAAGCCCUUCAUUCCCAUUCAUCACAUGGAGGCUCAUGCCCUUACUAUUAGGUUGACCAAUAAAGUAGAAUUUCCCUUUUUAGUUCUUUUGAUUUCUGGAGGUCAUUGUCUAUUGGCAUUAGUUAGAGGAGUUUCAGAUUUUCUGCUUCUUGGAAAGUCUUUGGACAUAGCACCAGGUGACAUGCUUGACAAGGUAGCAAGAAGACUUUCUUUAAUAAAACAUCCAGAGUGCUCCACCAUGAGUGGUGGGAAGGCCAUAGAACAUUUGGCUAAACAAGGAAAUAAACUGCAUUUUGAUCUCAGACCUCCUAUGCAACGUGCUAAAAACUGUGAUUUCUCUUUUACUGGACUUCAACAUGUUAUUGAUAAGAUAAUAACACAAAAGGAAAAAGAGGAAGGUAUUGAGAAGGGACAUAUACUGUCUUCAGCUGCAGACAUUGCUGCUGCAGUUCAGCACACAACAGCAUGUCACAUUGCCAAAAGAACACAUCGUGCUGUUCUGUUUUGCAAGCAGAGAGGCUUGUUAUCUCAGAGUAAUGCAGUACUGGUUGUAUCAGGAGGUGUUGCAAGUAACUUAUAUAUUCGAAAAGCUCUGGAAAUUAUAACAGAUGCAACACAGUGCACUUUAUUGUGUCCUCCUCCCAGACUGUGCACAGACAAUGGCAUUAUGAUUGCAUGGAAUGGUGUCGAAAGAUUGCGUGCUGGCUUGGGCAUUUUACAUGACACAGAGGGCAUUCGCUAUGAACCAAAAUGUCCUCUUGGAGUAGAUAUAUCAAAAGAAGUUGGAGAAGCUGCAAUAAAAGUACCACGAUUAAAAAUGAAGAUUUGAUUUUUGUUUUUCAAAAAAUCCCUAAAGGUAGUAUUUCAACAUUGGUUGUUUUUUUAUUUUUGUAUAAUCAGAUUGUAGAAUUAUAUUAUUCAUGAAGACUUUCUUUUCUUGUAUUUGAUGUCUACCUGCUCUUCUGAGAGAUUGUAAUACCAGGAUAGUCUUAUAACACCGUAUAAAAUCUAUACUGUGUUUAUUAUCAAAACCUGUACUAUGUUUAUUAUCAAAAGCCAAAAUAAAAUAUUUUGUGGAGAAAGAAUGCACUUUUGUUGGCUGGUGGAAAGGAAAAUCUUGCAAGAUUGUGCUAAGUUCUCGCCUCAUGUUGUACAGGAUCAGGAUAGCAGAAGCUAUUUUUUUGGUUCCUUGUGAAAUAUAAGCUUAUCUUUUCUGGUAAGAGCAAUUUUUGAAAUGUAGCAAGGUCAGAGUUAUGUCAAAUCAGAAUUCUAAGUCAAGAAAAAAAUUGACUUGCUCUAACAGCAUGUAUGUUAUCCAUUUGAGAUUUUAAGAAACAUGACAUGCAAGUAAUCCCUCCAGUGUGUAUUAUACUUUUUAGCUGGCCACAUGCACGUCACAUCCUUUAUUCUAGAAAUCGUAUUUAAUAGGUAAAAAUAAAUGAGAUGAAAGGGCUUUGUUGGAGGAUGGUUUCCUC